CCAGAUGUAUCAUAUUUAAGCAAGGAUGCUUGUGUGUCGUGAUCAGUGUGUGAUUUAGAAGCAAGUGUGAUUCGCAAGAUGUUCAAGAUAACGUUCGUGCUAGCUGUAGUCGUGAUUGCGACGGUGUCAGCCCAGUUCGGGGGCCGCGGAGGUAGGCAAGGCUUCGGCAAUGGCGGCUUUGGAGGCCAAGGCGGCUUUGGAGGCCCCGGAGGCUUCGGGGGCCAAGGCGGCUUCGGGCGCCCCGGCGACAGCUUCGGUGGGGGCUUCGGGCGCCCAGGCGGUUUUGGCGGCCAAGGAGGAUUCGGAAACCGACCAGGCGGACAGGGAGGUUUCAACCAAGGAGGCUAUGGACAGGGAGGAUUCGGCGGAGGACCGGGAGGUUUCGGCCAAGGAAACUUUGGACAAGGCGGGUUCGGGGGACGGCCAGGCUUUGGUCAAGGAGGAUUCGGAGGACAAGGAUUCGGUGGCCAAGGAGGAUUCGGCCCUGGGGGCUUUGGCGGCCAAAUUGGGUUUUAA